UGAUUUCCUCUCCAGCUCUGUCUGAUAAGGAAUUGAUUCUCCCCCUCCUCUUCCCCCUCCCGCCCGCCCUCUCCUUCUCCCUGAGUAACGAUGCUGUCCUAGCAAGUGAUGCUGUCGGAGACAGGAGACGGGCGCCGAGGAGGCAUCGCCGCCGCCGCGGGGCUGGAGAGCCUCUCCCAGCACCAGCGCCCCGCUCGGCCCCGGGCUUCCUCGUCGCAGCUACGGCCACGGCAGCUGCUCCCACAGUUUGAUGGUGGGCGGCGGCAGCUCGGCUUCGGCGCCAGCCUCUAACUGCUGGAUCGCGGGCCGCGACGCUCUCCGCUCCUGCCUUCCCGCCCUGGGCCGCCCGGGGCCGCGGAAGCCGCGGGAGGUGGGGAAGGGGCGCCGCGCAAAGACUGCACGGCCGCGAAGGCGGAGGAGGCCGGCAGGCGGCACCCCCACACUCGGACCGCAGCCGGCGCGAUGUCCACCAAGGUCAGGAAGUGCAAGGAACAAGCAAGGGUGACCUUCCCCGCGCCGGAGGAGGAGGAAGACGAGGGCGAGGACGAGGGCGCGGAGCCGCAGCGCCGCCGCCGGGGCUGGAGGGGCGUCAACGGGGGGCUGGAGCCGCGCUCGGCGCCCUCGCAACGAGAGCCGCACGGCUACUGCCCGCCGCCCUUCUCCCACGGGCCGGACCUGUCCAUGGAGGGAAGCCCAUCCCUGAGACGCAUGACGGUGAUGCGGGAGAAGGGCCGGCGCCAGGCUGUCAGGGGCCCGGCCUUCAUGUUCAAUGACCGCGGCACCAGCCUCACCGCCGAGGAGGAGCGCUUCCUCGACGCCGCCGAGUACGGCAACAUCCCAGUGGUGCGCAAGAUGCUGGAGGAGUCCAAGACGCUGAACGUCAACUGCGUGGACUACAUGGGCCAGAACGCGCUGCAGCUGGCUGUGGGCAACGAGCACCUGGAGGUGACCGAGCUGCUGCUCAAGAAGGAGAACCUGGCGCGUAUUGGCGACGCCCUGCUGCUCGCCAUCAGCAAGGGCUACGUGCGCAUCGUAGAGGCCAUCCUCAACCACCCUGGCUUCGCGGCCAGCAAGCGCCUCACUCUGAGCCCCUGCGAGCAGGAGCUGCAGGACGACGACUUCUACGCUUACGACGAGGACGGCACGCGCUUCUCGCCGGACAUCACCCCCAUCAUCCUGGCGGCGCACUGCCAGAAAUACGAAGUGGUGCACAUGCUGCUGAUGAAGGGUGCCAGGAUCGAGCGGCCGCACGACUAUUUCUGCAAGUGCGGGGACUGCACGGAGAAGCAGAGGCACGACUCCUUCAGCCACUCACGCUCGAGGAUCAAUGCCUACAAGGGGCUGGCCAGCCCGGCCUACCUCUCAUUGUCCAGCGAGGACCCGGUGCUUACGGCCCUAGAGCUCAGCAACGAGCUGGCCAAGCUGGCCAACAUAGAGAAGGAGUUCAAGAAUGACUAUCGGAAGCUCUCCAUGCAAUGCAAAGACUUUGUAGUGGGUGUGCUGGAUCUCUGCCGAGACUCAGAAGAGGUAGAAGCCAUUCUGAAUGGAGAUCUGGAAUCAGCAGAGCCUCUGGAGGUACACAGGCACAAAGCUUCAUUAAGUCGUGUGAAACUUGCCAUUAAGUAUGAAGUCAAAAAGUUUGUGGCUCAUCCCAACUGCCAGCAGCAGCUCUUGACGAUCUGGUAUGAGAACCUCUCAGGCCUAAGGGAGCAGACCAUAGCGAUCAAGUGUCUCGUUGUGCUGGUCGUGGCCCUGGGCCUUCCAUUCCUGGCCAUUGGCUACUGGAUUGCACCUUGCAGCAGGCUGGGGAAAAUUCUGCGAAGCCCUUUUAUGAAGUUUGUAGCACACGCAGCUUCUUUCAUCAUCUUCCUGGGUCUGCUUGUGUUCAAUGCCUCAGACAGGUUCGAAGGCAUCACCACGCUGCCCAAUAUCACAGUUAUUGACUAUCCCAAACAGAUCUUCAGGGUGAAAACCACCCAGUUUACAUGGACUGAAAUGCUAAUUAUGGUCUGGGUUCUUGGAAUGAUGUGGUCUGAGUGUAAAGAGCUCUGGCUGGAAGGACCUAGGGAAUACAUUUUGCAGUUGUGGAAUGUGCUCGACUUUGGGAUGCUCUCCAUCUUCAUUGCUGCUUUCACAGCCAGAUUCCUAGCUUUCCUUCAGGCAACAAAGGCACAACAGUAUGUGGACAGUUACGUCCAAGAGAGUGACCUCAGUGAAGUGACACUCCCACCAGAGAUACAGUAUUUCACUUACGCUAGAGAUAAAUGGCUCCCUUCUGACCCUCAGAUUAUAUCUGAAGGCCUUUAUGCCAUAGCUGUUGUGCUCAGCUUCUCUCGGAUUGCGUACAUCCUCCCUGCAAAUGAGAGCUUUGGCCCCCUGCAGAUCUCUCUUGGAAGGACUGUAAAGGACAUAUUCAAGUUCAUGGUCCUCUUUAUUAUGGUGUUUUUUGCCUUUAUGAUUGGCAUGUUCAUACUUUAUUCUUACUACCUUGGGGCUAAAGUAAAUGCUGCUUUUACCACUGUAGAAGAAAGUUUCAAGACUUUAUUUUGGUCAAUAUUUGGGUUGUCUGAAGUGACUUCCGUUGUGCUCAAAUAUGAUCACAAAUUCAUAGAAAAUAUUGGAUACGUUCUUUAUGGAAUAUACAAUGUAACUAUGGUGGUCGUUUUACUCAACAUGCUAAUUGCUAUGAUUAAUAGCUCAUAUCAAGAAAUUGAGGAUGACAGUGAUGUAGAAUGGAAGUUUGCUCGUUCAAAACUUUGGUUAUCCUAUUUUGAUGAUGGAAAAACAUUACCUCCACCUUUCAGUCUAGUUCCUAGUCCAAAAUCCUUUGUUUAUUUCAUCAUGCGAAUCGUUAACUUUCCCAAAUGCAGAAGGAGAAGGCUUCAGAAGGAUAUAGAAAUGGGAAUGGGUAACUCAAAGUCCAGGUUUACAAAGUGCUUUCCUGUACAUUUGAACCUCAUGCAACGCUGUGAGUUAAACCUCUUCACUCAGUCUAACUCAAGAGUUUUUGAAUCACACAGUUUUAACAGCAUUCUCAAUCAGCCAACACGUUAUCAGCAGAUAAUGAAAAGACUUAUAAAGCGGUAUGUUUUGAAAGCACAAGUAGACAAAGAAAAUGAUGAAGUUAAUGAAGGUGAAUUAAAAGAAAUCAAGCAAGAUAUCUCCAGCCUUCGUUAUGAACUUUUGGAAGACAAGAGCCAAGCAACUGAGGAAUUAGCCAUUCUAAUUCAUAAACUUAGUGAGAAACUGAAUCCCAGCAUGCUGAGAUGUGAAUGAUGCAGCAACCUGGAUUUGGCUUUGACUAUAGCACAAAUGUGGGCAAUAAUAUUUCUAAGUAUGGAAUACUUGAAAAACUAUGAUGUAAAUUUUUAGUAUUAACCACCUUUAUCAUGUGAAUCUUUAAAAGUUAGCUCUUAAUGGUUUUAUUGUUUUAUCACGUGAAAAUGCAUUUUAUUUGUCUGCUUUGACAUUACAAUGACAUACCAUUGUGUUGAAAAGCCCAAUAUUACUAUAUUAUUGAAAUUUUUAUUCAUUUUAGAGUAAACUCCACAUCUUUGCACUACCUGUUUGCCUCCAAGAGACUAUCAGUUCCUCGGGGACAGGGACCAUGUCUUAUUCAUCUUUGUGUCUCCAGCAUCUAGUACAGUGCCUGGUACAUAGUAGGUGCUCAAUAAAUGUUGAAACCAACUGAACUGCCAACAAAAUAAAAAUAAAAAGUCCUCACUACGUAGCAUACCUUCCCUUGUCCAAGUUCUGAAGAGGUUUUUUUUUUUUUUUUUUUAAUAGAAACUGAAGAAAUUUUACAACCAGCUAUGACUUGGUAAGACAUUCUUAGAAUUUUAGGUGUCACUGAUAAUCCUAGAAUCAUUGAGCCCCGAGUGAAGAAUUUAACAACAAAAUGGUUAAUGAAAAAUAUAAUUACAUUAUAUAUUUAAGUUUCAUAGAAUUAUUUAAAACAACACAUUAAAGAUUUUUCUAAAAUAUAGACUGCUUCCUUUCUGUCUUAGACUUACAUUUGUUGUUUUUCAGUAAUGUGAUUUUCUUUUAAGUUGGGGGUUAUGCAUUGUCAUUUUGUUAUAACCAUCUAAUUUCUGCUUCUGCUGCUUUAAUGCUAAAUGGGAUAUCAACAGCUGACUUCAUAUCUCACCCGUGAGCUCCCUGCUGAGUUUUAGAGGGUCUGCCCAUGGGAAGAAAUAGGAAAGAGCAAUGACUAUGGGCGUACUUGGAAAGACAUGGCCAAGCAUCCCCAGGUGUGUUUCAGUUCCUGUUGGGGCAUUUCUUGCCAUCAUUGCUUACAAUGAUUGACAUAUUUGUUUCUUAUCAAAGGAUUCCAAUUCCACUUUCUAUAUAAAAUAUAUUGUGAUAGAUCUACGUAUGCCUUAUUACAUAAUUGAGCUGAAUGCUGGUAAUAUCCGCAAUGCCUCUUGACUUUAAUGGGAAAAGGCAUGCAGACCAGUAAGUUCCCCAGUCACUUCAGAGACUAUGAAACACUCAAAGCAUUUUUUAACCAGCUAGGUUUAAAUCUCUCAUAGAGUUAUGUUUAACAUCCUGAGUCUCUUCAGUCAGUUGCUGUCAAGUCUUAUAGGAAUACGAAUUGUGAUCAUAGUUCAAAGAUUUUCAGAGGUCCCUAAAACCAACUAAAUACAUGCUACUUUAAAAUCAUUGCUAUCACACAGAAAAGCUCUUUAGACAUGAAGACAGAAAUAAGUGUUAAAUGGAACUACAUAAAGCUCUUUAAAGAUUAUUUCUUAAUUUCUACUUUUUGAGAUUUAAUUAAGAAAGGAACCUUAUAAAUGUUUUGCUACCAUUGUAGAACAUUUCAUUAACUUUUGUGCCAUGCUAAGAGUAUUUGUCUUAAACAUUUUUCAGACUUUAUGUACUUUAUGUUGUGUCUCAGAACUGAAUAAAAUAUUGAAUUU